AGACACAAACCCGGGAGAACAAUUCACAAAAUGUGAACACAGAGUAUUUUUCAGUAGAGGUUUUGGAGUGUCGUCUAAUGGGCCGACACACAAGCAGACUUCAGUGGAGGCGACGUCUUUGUUUUUAAACACACUGCACCGUCAGAGAGAGACAAGAUGCAUGCAGGCAAAGCUUUGCUGUGUGUCCUCCUCCUCCUCCACUGCGCCACCCCGAGCUCGCCUCUGUCCACCUGCGCCGCUGUGGACAUGGACCACAUCAAGAGGAAACGAGUGGAGGCCAUAAGGGGGCAGAUUCUCAGCAAGCUCAGGUUGUCAAGCCCCCCUCACCCCCAGGGACCUGCUAAUGUCCCCUACCAGGUCCAGGCGCUCUACAACAGCACCAGGGAGAUCCUGGAAGAGCUGGGCCGGCACAGGCAGGAGACUUGUGGUCCGGAAAACACGGAGACGGAGUACUUCGCCAAAGAGAUCUACAAGUUCAACAUGGUCUAUGGACCCACUGAGAGCAAUGAUCUGUCCUACUGCCCAAAGGGGAUGACCUCCAAGGUGUUCCGCUUUAACGUGUCCGCCAUGGAAACGAACUCGACCAACCUAUUCAGGGCCGAGUUUCGAGUGCUGCGGGUUCCGAACCCAAGUGCCAGGCGAAACGAGCAACGGAUCGAGCUCUACCAGAUUGUGAGGCCCAACGAACACAUCAGGAAGCAACGCUACGUCAGCGCUAAGAACGUGCUGACCAAAGGAACUCCUGGAUGGGUCUCCUUCGACGUGACUGAAACCGUACGAGAAUGGCUGCUGAACAGAGGAAGCAACCUUGGUCUGGAAAUUAGUGUGCAUUGUCCCUGCCACACCUUCAGUCCAAACGGCGACAUCAUUGACAACGAGAAUGAGGUUCUGGAGGUCAAGUUCAAAGGGGUGGACGGGGAGGAGGAGCAUGGUCGCGUGAAGAGGCUAAAGGAGCAGAACCUGCCUCAUUUGAUCCUCAUGAUGAUCCCGCCUCACCGCCUGGCGAAGCAGGCCACACACAGACGCAAGAGAGCGCUGGAUACAGACUACUGCUUCUCAAACACAGAAGAGAGCUGCUGCGUUCGCCGCCUCCACAUCAAUUUCCGGCGUGACUUGAACUGGAAGUGGAUCCAUGAACCCAGCGGCUACGACGCCAACUACUGCUCAGGGCCAUGCCCUUACCUGAGGAGCUCAGACACGCCGCACAGCUCGUUGCUGAGCCUCUACAACACCCUCAACCCGGAAGCCUCGGCCUCGCCUUGCUGCGUCCCCCAAGAACUGGAACCCCUUACCAUCCUCUACUACUCUGGACGGACCCCCAAAGUGGAGCAGCUGUCCAACAUGGUCGUCAAGUCUUGCAAAUGUAGCUGAGGACGCUGACAGGAAGACGACGGAUCGGCUUAGCACUGAUACAAAACCCGUACUUUAUUGAUGAAAGUCUUGUUUGUUUUUUUUAUACUUUUUCUGACUCUAUUGAUAUAAACAUGCUUGUCUUUCAUCAUAGAAAGAACAAUAUUAUCUGCCCUCGUUAGGUGUACAUGAACCAUCCAAUCAGAUACAAUACAGUUCUGCAGAACCCUAUAAAAAAGAGGGUGUGCGAAAGAGAACUUGACACUCUUGACUUCUCCUGCCCUUUAAUACGUAACGCCAUAGGCCGACAAUGAGUUCUGUGUAAAAAGUGCAGGCAAACACAGUAAAUAUACUUGAUCGGCCAUUUUGUUCUGUAUAAAAAGAGGCUGGUGUCAAUGUGAACAUGUAACUGUACUACCUGUCAGGAGGCCCCGUUAACUUUACCUGUAAAACACGGCAUUUUCCCACCUCUUCUGCAUACAUGGCAAAGUAACACGUUCACUUUUUCUGCUUCAGAGGUAAUUCCAUAGCUGUCACAGAGGCGGCGUAUUCGACAAUGCACAAGCGCUGGGUUCUGUGAAAAAGGCACCUUAAGAUAAAUGCCGGAUUUUCUUUUCAGCUGCAGUUUUGAUUGUAAAAAUAGUGGCUAGUGAGCCUUAUUAUGCUGCAUUGCAGGCAUGCCAAAACAUUUGGCUUACAGGGGCCAAAGUGAAAAUGUGCCAAUGGUCCUUAGACUUAGAUGGUCCUUAGACUUAGACUUAGACUACCUGUUAUUGUCAUUCAAAUUUGAACUUCACAGUACAGAUAAGAAUGACAUUUUGUUGCAUUAGCUCGUUGUAGUGCAGGAUAAAAGAGCAAUAAGGUGCAGAGUGUUCGCAUUUACAAAAGAAGGUAUAAAUAGAUUACUGUACAGAUAAAUAUAUUGCACUUUUGCAUAUACAUCCACGUAUGUUAUAUUGUCUUUAUAGUCCAGCGAGUUCAUCUGUUUUUUGGGGGAAUUGAGGGGAUUAUUAUGAUCUCUGCAGAGACUUCCAGUCUGAGGCACUGCGUCCAGACAGAGAUGCAGUUGCUCCGCGGGCCAAAUAACGAUUUUUCUCAUGCAACAGCACCACGAGUGAAGAAUUUAGCCUUAAACCGCCAUAUGUAAGUAUAAAGUAGUAGCGAUUGUGCCUAAUUCAAUUAACAUGCAACUCUGCAUCUUUUAUGUACAUUUUUAACCUCAAAACAUUCAAAUGAGGUCAUUUUCUGCAGAUGUUCGCCCUUUCUAGGUGUUGUUCUGGAACCAGUUCCUAACUAGAUAGUUCAACUGAUCGCUUUCAAACUUUAAAGUUAAAGUCCCAACGACAGUCACACACGCAUUCGGUGUGGUGAAAUUACCCUCUGCAUUUGACCCAUCCCCAUGUUCACUCCCUGGGAGGUGAGGGGAGCAGUGAGCAGCAAUAAUUUAGUGAUUUAACCCCCAAUUCCAACCCUUGAUGCUGAGUGCCGAGCAGGGAGGUAACGGGUCCAAUUUUUAUAGUCUUUGGUAUGAGUCGGCCGGGGUUUGAACUCAUGACCUACCAGUCUCAGGACGGACACUCCAACCACAAGGCCACUGAGCAGGUGGCACCCAGACAGAUUACACAGAUAAGGAGGAUGCUAAAUUCCGAAGCAUUUAGAUUUUUACUACAGGACGUGAGCGAAGAUUAUCCUUUUCCAUAGAGCGCCAAAAAGUCACAAUUUUACCGAUCUUAAAUUCAAAUGCAACUGUUCAAAAAACAAAAACAAAAUCCAUAGAAAUCUACAAACUGGCA